AUGAGCAGAUGUGUUCGAUUAAUGAACAUAGGCACGAAUCCUAGGCAAUAUCUGGCAGGGAGACAAAGACCAACUCGCCAAUUCGCAACAGACACCUUGCCAGUAGUACCUCACUUAGUGGCACGAGUUCUUGUUGACUCUCAGCACCUACAGCAUGUUCGCGAUGUACACAACCAUCUCAAGCACCACGGAAUCCUCAAAAUCAGCCUGGGAUUCCCGGACGAUGAAAGCCAAUACUUAGAAAGCCUGGUUGUCAGUCUUUCCAAAAACCAUGGCCACGGGCUCCCCAUCACCCACAGCGCAUCUUGUGGCUGGUUCUGGGAUGUUCGUCCCAGCGAGACCACAUUUCAGACAGAAAAUCACCAGGCUCGAUCAGAAACAAUGGAGGAAUUUCCCUGGCACACAGACUGCAGCUACGAGCAUGCCCCACCGCGGUUCUUUGCCCUUCAGGUUCUCCAUCCCGAUCGCUACGGUGGGGGCACCCUCUCCGUCAUGAAAAUUGAUCAAAUAAGCCAAUUUCUCUCCCCUGCCACCAAGGCAGCCCUCCUUGAACCCGAAUAUCAGAUCACCAUCCCACCCGAGUUUAUCAAAAAUCCCGACCGACGUCAUAUCGUGGGCAGUCUAUGUGCUAUCGACACGCAGGUCCAAGGCCAUUCCUUGAUGAUGCGAUACCGUGACGAGAUUGUGACACCUUUAAGCCCCAGGGCAGCUGCGGCGCUGAAGGAGCUGAAGGGCGCACUGAAGAACACGGAGGCCCUAUCGCAAUCCACGUUACAUCUUACUGCAGCUGACCUACCGGCAAGGUCUAUCAUUCUCCUCGAUAAUUAUCGAUGGCUGCAUGCGCGGAACGGCAUCAAGGACCCUGCGAGGCAUCUUCGUCGGGUGAGAUGGAAUGCUGUUCUGUUUGCCAAUAGCGUCGUCUUGCAACCAUCCGUGGCAUCCAUUACCUGA